CCAGGGUUGAAGCUCCGUUCGAAGCUUCAGUGUCAAACUGCCAUCACUACUUGUUUGCCGUAAGUGUGACUGGCUGGCUGUUAACUGUUCAGUAGUGUAACUUUCUGUCCGCUGUGACUGUCGAUAUAAUUACUUUUGAUAACCACAACAUAACAAAUGAACAUCCUGUAACACCAUAACUCCUGUGAACAAUUAAAGUUUGGAUAUCUACACCCCCUGGAUUGCUGCAAUCUUUCUGACAGAAGAUUUAGGCCAGACUUGUAUACACCAGCAUCAAUUAUUCAUAAUUUCACAAGUGGUCCUUCGAGCCGGAGGUAUACAAGCUGCGCUAUGGCCACAUCCAGGGAGCUGUAUGAUGGGCAGCCACCGCUCAGUCCCCGUCCCAGCAGAGUGCAGCGCAUUCCCGGACAUCUGGAGGACUUCGAGCUCAGCUACCCACAUCAACCUCUUUAUCCCCCCCAGAUGAGGCCAGUCUCAUCACCGAGGCCAGAAUAUGACGAGUCGCCCAGCCAUGGAGGACAUGUCAGCUACCCUGUAGCAGCACAUCACCCUGUUGGCACUCCAGAUCACAACUGGCAACGAUUAGAGGCACGCUGGCAGACGAUUAGCAGGCAGAUGCAAGAGCUAGAAACUGACAUGGACAAGGUAAAGAUCACCGCACACCCAAAAAGUGCCCUGGGUUACCCUUCAUACCACUCACAACAGUUUCCAGCAUACCAGAGUCGCUAUAGCAGCCUCCCUCAACUGGAGCUGUGUUCUCCCACGAACCAACGUAUGGAAGAAACAGGUUUACUCUCAUAUCCUCAAGCUCAUCCUGCUCCUCCCCAAACGUCUCCGUCAACGUCUCCUUCAACGUCUCCACCUCAAUCACAGGCUAAUACUCCUGCACCGCAGACACAGCAGACUUCCCCCGCGGCGCCGGUUACUUCUGCUGAACAGAUGCAGCCUGCACCUCCUAUGGCUCCAAGAGCUUCUGCAACAGACACGCAUUCUGCACCCACUGCUUCGCUGAUGCAGCCUGCGUCACCUGUCACUUCUCCUGCUGUGGUACAGCCUGAACCUCCUGCCUUGCUAAUACAUCCAGGUGUUAUUCCUGCCCCUGUUGCAUACCCGCAGUCUGCGCCAGCUCCACCGGAACAGCCAUAUAAUCCACAUCACCGGUACUGGCAGACGGCUCCACAGCCAUAUCAGCCUAUGCAGUAUGCUGCACCACCUCGAGUACAUCACUCCUACAUGAUGCAGCCUCCUGCACCGGCCUGGCCUACAGCUAAUCCUAACAUACCCAGUAUGAUGGAGAUGGCGAUUGCAUCAUCAUAUGGCAUCCCAAAGCCAAGAUUAACCAUCUUCAGCUCAGGAAAAGAAACUGACUUUCUUAUGCUUAAAAAGGGAUUGGACAGCGUGCUUGGCCCUCACCAACACCUGUCCGAGGAUUAUAAAUACCAAAUCCUCCUCGAUCACCUCACCUUUCCAUCUGCACUCCAGGUAGCUAAGAGUUACAUCAACAGCCCAACUCCAUACACAAGUGCCAUGCAAACCCUGACCCAACGCUAUGGCCAGCCAAGACAACUGGUGCAGGGAGAGCUUAAAGCCAUAUUGAACGCUCCAGCAGUGAAAACUGGUGAUUAUCAAGCGUUUGAAGACUUUGCAGCAUCAGUUGGCACUCUGGUGGGAAUGCUAAACACCAUGGAAGGCCCCUCAUCAGCCGAGCUGAGAUGUGGGUCUCAUGUUGACACCUUAUUCAGCAAACUCCCUCCUCACUUCAGAGACUCGUUCGUGGAAUACUGCUUCAACAGAGGAAUCAUCCAGAGCGGUAGUAACCUCACAUAUACUCUCCCUGACCUAGCUGCGUGGCUCGAGAGGAAAGUCCAGACAUUACAGGUUUCACGUCGAAUAACUCUCACAUGUCCAGAGCCUGCACACACAGACAGUAAGGAGCGAAGAGUGGCUAAGCCACAGAGAGUCAGACCUGCUACUAUACUGCUUGGUAGCCAGCAGGGAGCCCAACACUCUAAUCCAGUGGUCUCCAAACUAAGGCCCGCGGGCCGGGUACGGCCUGCCUCCACAUUUGGCCCUGCCCCCUGAACAAUAGCAGAGACGCAUUAUGAUUUAUUAUUAUUAUUAUUAUUAUUUUUAAAUUGAUUUUUUAUUUUAUUUUGUUCAGUCUGGCCACGCGAAUCCUAGAC